UCAGAUCACACCUCCAUCCCAUCGCAGUACUGUACUGUAUUCUCACGUCUCUCCGCCUCCCCCGCCACGUCUAUCAUUUGUUUGCCCAUGCUCCUGCAGCUCCACCUCAUUGUCAUUCGCCCAUUGAGGUAGCCAAUCUACCUCCUCAACCCCCGCGCGUCCGCGACAGCUCAGGACCGAGCCUGCCAUGGGGCGCAUGAAGCCCACCAUGGAGCCUCGACGCAAGGUCUCCACCCUCCAUUACCAGACAUUUCCGACCCAGCCGCCGACCUCUCGCGGCCGGCCCCCUUCUGCUUCGCCGCAGUCUCGCAAUGGUGAACACUCUGGGUCCGACGACGAGCACCAUGAGUCGCCUCUCCCGACGAAACAGCUUGCCAUCCUUGCCAUCAUCGCCCUCGCAGAGCAGACUGCGCUCAACUCUAUAAACCCCUAUCUACCCGAGAUGGUCCAGACAUUUCCGGAAGUAAGAGGCGGACAGGUCGGAAUGUAUACGGGAGUCAUCGCCUCUGCGUUUGCCUUGGCACAGUUUGCGACCAACUAUUUCUGGGGCUGGCUGUCAGACAGAAUAGGUCGCAAGCCCGUCAUAUUGACAGGAACGGCACUCACAACCGUGGCCUUCUUGGCUUUUGGCUUCUGCAAGACGCUGUGGCAGGCUAUACUGGUUCAAGCCUUUAUGGGUCUGGUCAAUGGCAAUGCGGGCAUUGUGUCGACUUGCCUAGGCGAGAUAACGGACCGUACCAACCAGUCGAGAGCAUUCACCUACUUGCCCGUCGUAUACGGUAUCGGGGCUAUAACGGGGCCCUUGGUGGGCGGUGUCCUCGUUCUCUAUGAGAACCCCUUUAAAAAGGGCGAGAAGAACCCUCUCCCUUACGUCCUGCCGAAUCUUUUCUCUGCAGCCAUCCUCGUCAUAGAUCUUGUCAUUUGUAUAUUCCUGCUUGAGGAGAGUCACGAAGAAGCUAGGAACUUUCCGCCCCUGGGGAAGCGAGUUGAGAAUCUAUUCGCCUGGUUAUGGCAAUUCACAUCGUCGACGCGACCCUCGUACCUCAAAAAGCUAUUCAGGACGCGCAGCCACCAUCAGCAUCAUCAUCAUCAUCAUCAUCAUCGGCGCCAAAGCGAUGAUCAUCUUGACGGUAUUCAAGAAGAGGACGAAGAGGACUACUCAGACGAGCCAGACACACCCAUGUUUCCCACCGCGCCAGAUGAGCAACUUAGCAGUCGAGAUAUCCUGAACCGUGAUACUCUGCUGCUCCUCGCCACCUACUUCAUCUUUCAGCUGGCCAACAUAGCCUACAACUCACUGUACCCCGUCUUCGCUGAGGAACCCCCACCCACCGGCCGAGGCCUGAAGCCCAAAACGGUCGGUCUCUCCCUGUCCUUCGCAGGCCUCAUCACCAUCGUCUUCCAGGUCAGUCUCUAUGGGAGACUUAGAGACCGCAUCGGAAACAAAGUCACGUACCGCGUCAGCAUCGCCGCCUUCGUCGUCGCCUUCGCCAUAAUGCCAUUUGUAGGCUACAAGGAUUCUCCUCCACCUUUCGGCAUUGGGUCGGGUAUGGGCUGGCUCUGGCUCGAAUUGGGCGCUACCCUAGUUAUCAAAACGGUCGCCAGUGUGGGGGGCCUGACGUCUGCACUUCUGCUGAUCACGAACUCUGCGUCAAACAACAACGUCCUCGGCUCCCUCAACGGCCUCGCGCAAACCCUCUCUGCAGCCGGCAGAGCCGUCGGCCCAUUUAUUUCUGGCUCGCUUUUCACCGCUGCCACAAAGCUUCCGCACAAGGGCGAGGCGCUGCCUUUUGGGAUCUUUGCAGGCAUCUCGUUGAUCGGGUUCUUGCUAGGGUUUGGGAUCAAAGGGGAAGGAUUGGAGGCUGAGGGAUGGAGCAGUGAGUCGGGUGAGGAGGAGGAAGUGGAGGACGAGGAGGCGACGAUUGGCGGGAGUGGGAAUGGGGAUGCGAAUGAGAGGACGGGAUUGUUGAGGAAAUGAAUGAUUGAUGUGACGGCUUGAUGGACGAUGCUGGGAUGGAGCAACGUUUUCUUAAUGUAUCAUAAUGCAUGUCAGGGGUCGGGCCGGGUAGUCUUGAGCAUGGCGUUGCGGGAUAGCGGGUUUUAUGAGCUUUUGGUCGUCUUCGCAUAUGGGGUUUUCCUUAUGUGGUUCUUUGUUUAGACGAGCAAGGUACAUGGCAUAUGGGUCUUUCGCACGGCUGGAUGGUUAAAUGGAUAUCAGAAGGAUGUUUCGAUUGAGAAG